UGUUGCACGUCAACAGUAAGUAAGUGCAGCUGGGUUAAGUCGGCAUCGAUGCAGGCUCUCUGUUGGAGGGUUUUAUAACCCUCUUCUUCCACUCCGCGUUUGGAAUGGCAGUUCAUAUGGCGCACCCUUUACGCGCAAUGCGUAAACGGAGUGGACGUGGGCAGGCAGAUGGUGGAGGGGAUGGUUUGAACGUGGGCCAGUGUUUCCAGCGAGCAGAGGCCUACAAGAGCUUCCUGUUCAGAGAGAAUCGUUUUCUACUGGUUGGACUGAGCUGGAAGAGAGACUCUUGGUUACUUCCUUGUUUGAGCUGGAAACACUUAAUUCAAAGUUAUGGCUCGUAGGACUCCAUGCCGGAACAAGAAUGUCCAUGAAAUUGUGCAUCUCUCUCUUCUACAACUCAAGUUUUUUAAGGAAAUUAAGAAUAUAGGAGAAUAUCUGGUGGGAUCCUGUCAGCUUCUGUAACAGGCUGGAGGUUGAGUAGCACGUAAAAAUUGAAAAUGAGUCACGAGGCACAAGAAAACCAGGGGACGGGACUGAAAGAUGUCUUCGACAUACUAGUUAAAGCACCUACGCAACGACUGCUAAGCCUGACAUUCCAGCUGGGUGAGUCUCCCGAAGACAACAUCAUCCACGCCUUGUGUCUGAUUAUUCUCCAGAAAGAGGAGCGAGCCCUGAACAGACUCCAGAUGCUGAAGGACAACUACCUUGCUAGCCAUCUGGCUGAGAAGUGGCAGAUGAGCGGAGGCAAAUUAGACGAUUUUGCAGUUCAUUGUGGUCGUUUGCAAGAGCUUACUGGGGAAUCUUUGGCGGCGUUGGCUCGUAUUUUCAAGGUUUUGUCAGAACAGAGGCUGUGUGAUCCACAUCUGAGAAAUCUGGCGUAUGAGAGAGCCCUUUCCGGUGACAGUCAAAAAACAAACAGUUGUGAGAAUCUGGCGUAUCAUCAACUCAGAGAGGAAGCUAAAGUCGUCUGCGGGCCUCAGUUUGCAGAGUGCUCCUCAAAGGAUCUCAAGUCGGGGUCUUACCAUGAUCCUCCUAGCAGCAGGCUGGAUGAAGGAACUUUAAAAGUCACUCUGUCUCCGGAUCAGUCAGUGAGCGCUUACAGUUUGCCCAGCCCGCUGCAGGCGACCUAUUCAAUGCCCUCAUACCCUACUCAUCUAGAGAUAAGCUUACCUCCAACAGCCUCAUUUCAAGGUGACAAAAUAACUCCAGAAACAUCAGAUGAGUCCAAACUAAAGACUCUCAGUGAACCUCCUCUAUCUGGUGCAAAUAAACCCUCAAAGAUGGAUGAAUCAUUAGCCACAGAGGGCAGUAAGUUGGACAGUCUUAUCGCUCAGAGUGAGACUCUUACUCAAACAACCAAACCAACCGCUGAACCAAACUUUGCGCUACCCACUGCAACAAACAUUUUCCUACCCAAGAUGCCUAUCCCCAGUGAAAUGCAUGAAACUAAAGAUGCAGAAGAGGAGGAAGAGGCCAUAUUUUAUGCGUUUGUUAUCUUCCAUGCACCGGAGGAUGCAGAUAUGGCCGAGAGUAUUAGGGAGAAUAUGGAAAGGAUCAUUGGUGAGGGUGAAGGUGCAACUUUUUCUGAGGACUUUGCCGUCCCCGGAAAGGGCACCCUGAGGUGCGUAGAGGAUGCCAUCAACAACUCGGCCUUCACUAUCCUGCUGCUUACCCGCAACUUCAACACUCAACUGCUGACGUUGAAGACGGACUCUGCUCUGAUCAACUCCAUAAGCAAGAAACAUAAGUACAACACGGUUAUCCCUCUGCUGCCGCGGGAGAACUGCAUGCCCAAAGAGAACCUCCCUAUGAUUUUGAAGGCAAUAAAUCCGCUGGAUGAGAACAGGAGCUUUGAGAGGAAGAUACAAAGGUUUUUGUCUCCGGCGAGGAUUAAAACCCAGAGGAAGAUCUGGACUGCAGAGCAGACGGUGAAGAUGCAGAUAGAGAGACAGGAGAGACUGAAGCAUGUGAACCAGCACAAAAAGCAGUUGAUCCAAGAGUUCGCAACAGCACAGCGGCUGGAGAGAGAGCAUGUGAGGCUUUUAGUGGCACAACAACUUCUUCUCGGCCCCAGUGUGCCACCAGAACAGCAACAACAACAACAACAACAACAUCCAAAUAUUCACAUUGAAAAUGCUCAGUACAUUAUGAUUGGUAAUGAUUCUCAGAUGACUGUGGGUUUGGGUGCAGGUGCAGAAAGAGAUGACUUAAUUUACAGAGAGGAGCCUUAAAGAUAAAAAAAAAAAAAAGACUUUUUCUGGAGUCGAUGUAUUUGUAGAAAAUGAGAGAAAAAAAAUCAUGUUUUUUUUUUGUCUGAACACUAAAAUGUCAGCGCUGUUACAAUCACUGAGAUAUUCACACAUGCAGAUUGUUUCAUUGUAGUUAAGCAUGCUGGUGAAGGGAUAUUCAAUAAAACUGUCAGAAGAGCAAUUAAGAGCCAUCUUAAUGAUUUCAGAGGACUCAGUGAAGAGUCUGUUGAGUUAGAGCAAGAGCUUCAGAUGAAUGUUUAGCAGAGGACUGCCAUCUACUGACCGAAUGUGUGAUGUAUACCUCCUGAUCUCCUCUGCUGUGUGAACUCACUUUAGACACUAGAGAGCAAUGUUACUCCUCACUGAAGUGCAGUGUCGUCCAGUAGCAUCACUGUUCUGGUAUCUGAGAGCUAAAAGAGAUGAAAUAAAAUCUUUAAUAUUUUCUAUUUUA